AUGUUGCAGCGUUUCGUCUUCCAGCAGGUGGAGUGCCAGACGCGCGUGGACGAGUGCCCCGGCGGCGCCCUGGCGUCCCUCGCGCCCGAGGUGGAGGCCCCGACGCCCCACCUGCCCCCGCCCCUGGCCAGCAGCAGCCCGCGGCCCAAGAGCGCCAGCCCCCUCCUCAACGGCGGCGUGCGCGUGCAGAGCGAGCGCUUCCUCUUCGACGACAAGGACAAGCUGGCGCGCACGGACGCCUUCCUGCCGCACGGCGACGCGUCCUCCCGCAAAGGCAGCUACGGCAUGGCGGCGCCAGAUGCUCUCCCGCACGCGGACGGUUGCGGCCUCGCGCCCGGCGACAGGAUGCCGCAUCAGGAAAUGAGCAUCUACGCGCUGCCGCCCGAGUUCUCGCCGCAGAUGGGCAGCAAGGCCAUGGCGGAGUACCCGCCCGCGGGCCUCGCCCUCAGCAGACCCGACGUGUGCCCCAGGGGCUCCGGCAGCGGCGAGGCCUUGCUUCACCCGCAGCAGCCCCCGAACCAGCCGCAGCAGCUGCACUUGCACCCGCCGCCGCCGCAGCAGCAGCAACAUCCGGCCGACUGCUACCUCGAGUUCCCCGAGGAGGACCGCGUGUCCCUCGCGUCGCACCACAGCGCCGAGUCCUACGCCCUCCCGCGGGGCCACAGCCUCCUGCAGGGCCCCCGCGCGCUCUGCCACCCGGCCAAGCCCGCGCCGCAGGUCAUCUACCACGGCCAACCGCACCUGCAGCAGCAGCUAGAACAGCAGAACCAAGAGCGCAGCCUCGGCGCGCGGUGCCAGUGCGGACACGAGGCACAGCCGCUGCAGACGUGCUUGCAGCUGUCGUCGUCGUACAGCAACCUCAACCACGCCCGCCUGGCCGCUCACGACGCCUGCUUCGACGACAGCUGCCACCAGACUCUCGACCUGCCCGGCGGCUGCCCUGCCCUCGGGCCCGGCAGGAGCUGCCUGAAGUCGCCGCAGAGGAACUGCUCUUUACAACGCUCGCACUCGGCGCACGAACCCUACGUCUGCGCCAGUCGACCUGCCCCCAGCACCGGGGGAGGAGGUGGAGGAGACGGUGUUCUAGUCGUCGUCGUCUUCGUCAUCGUCAUCGUCAUCGCCAUCGUCGGUGUCUUCAAAAACGGCUCCUUCUUUCCCUUCUUCGCGGGGGUGUUGUUACGUGGCACGAGGCGGCGGAGAGUCGUGCCCGGGUACGGUUAUGGCCAAAGGCGAUUUCGGAAGCAGAGCCAUAUCUUGGGGGAGAUAUCUCUGGCCACGCACAAAGCUUAUUAUUCCCCAUUCUUUUGUCGCCACAAGGCCAUCACACCUCCACCGAUACUCAUUACUCAAGGCCAAGGAUCUGUCACAUGUACUGCCUAUUGUGAGGUCGAAAUAGCUUCCCAUUGCGACAAAGAUGAAGCAACGGUAUCAGAGGGACCCAUCCGCGUUGAACUGCAGCUGCAUCCCCAUGAGGAAGAUUGA